UUAACCAAGAGCUUCCAUGAUAUAAAGGCAUACAAGGCUGUGAAAUUUUCGAAACGUUGCUCAGACAUCGGCCACAAUGUUCCCUUACAGGGCAUAUAACUAUUUCAAUUUCACCAUAAUUCUUGGUCUGACAUUAUGUUCAUUAUCUCACUCUCUUCCGGCCAAACGAGAUACUUCUAGUAUUUCAACAGUUGAUGACGUGCUACGAUCUCUGGACGAAUCUGUAAAUCCAUGUGACGAUUUCUAUGCAUACACGUGUGGCAAUUGGGAACAGUAUCAUCCUACCGAAGAGGGAUAUGACAUUUGGACAACUGUACAAACAAUUACGAACUCAUUGACCUCAAAAAUCGGAGCUAUCUUGGCUGCGCCAAACUUGGAAAAUGACACUCAAUCAAUUCGCAAAGCCCGCCAGAUCUAUCAAGCCUGCAUGAAUGACGAAAAAAUCGAGCAAGACGGUAUUGAACCGAUCAAAUCCUUAAUCAAUGAGCUCGGAGGAUGGCCGUUAAUAAUGAAGCUUGAGGAGUGGAAAUCGAAGGACAUUAAAUGGCAACCAAUAGUUACUAAACUAGUAAAAGAGAGAAGUCUUGACACCUUACUAUCUAUAGAGAUUGAAGCCGAUCCCAAGAAUUCAGCGAUCACCAGAAUGAUUAUUGGUGAACCAUCUCUUUAUCUGAAGAGACAUGAAAUACUGGCUGCUGAGCCAGGUGACAACCUUUUACAAUCCUAUAACCAGUACAAAUUUAACAUAGCUGAUAUAUUCCGAAAAGCAUCAGGCACACCGACUGAAGGACUAACUGCAUCCACACAAUUGAUAGAUAUGAAUACCUUUGAAUGGAAAUUAGCUAAGAUUAGCGACGACGAUCUGGAUGUCAAAGAUAUCGAUAAGUGGUAUAGUCUUAUGACGAUAGACGAACUCCAAACCUUUUAUGACAGCAUACCCAAGACCACGACGAAUUCUCAAAUAAAUUGGCUUGAGUUAAUCAGAGAGGUAGCCUCAUUAACUCCGGAUGUCACAAUAGAUGGAUCGGAAAAGGUAGUUGUGGCAUCAAAAAGGUAUUUCACGGAGCUAUCUGAAUUGCUGGACAAAACUGAACCAGAGACAAUUGUAAACUACCUAGUCUGGAGAAUAAUCCUAGAUUCAUCCCUUGCGACAAAUAACAAAAUGAGAGAGCUCCUGCAACUGUUCGGUGCUAAUCGUAUGGGAGCAGACAACAUUCCAGAUAGGAAAGACACAUGCGCUAGUCCGGCUCCACUGGAAACCGCUGUUUCCUAUGAAUUCAUUAAAAAAUACUCCUCUCCGGAAGUUAAACAAGGGGUGACUGAAUUGAUAACGAAUAUUCAACAAGCUGUGGAGCAACAUCUGGAAAGAUCUUCUUGGCUAGAUACCGAGACAAAAAAAUUAGCUACAGAAAAAAUUCAUGUGAUGGGCAAAUUUAUUAGUUAUCCAGACUACUACUCUCCUGCCUUUGUGGAUGGACUAUACACAGAGUAUCCAGCAUCGGACAGUUACUACGAUAAUGAAAUGGCGAAGCGCGUUUUUACGUUGAAAAAUAAACUGAGAAGUUUGCGUAAAGCAACGGAUAAAAAAACGUGGCCAGCUGAACCUACAGAAGUCAACGCAUUUUAUAUACCAGUAGCAAACACAAUGCAGGUGCCAUCUGGAAUUAUUCAAUCCCCCUUAUACGAUUUGAAUAAUCCUAGUGUAAUGAAUUAUGGAAUGAUUGGUACAACAAUUGGCCACGAAUUCUCGCACUCCCUGGAUAGUAAAGGGCGGCGCUAUGAUAAAAAUGGAGAUGUGGUGACUUGGUGGUCGCAAUCAGCCCUCGACAAAUAUGAAGAGCGCGCACAAUGUUAUGUCAAUCAAUAUAACAAUUUUAUACUAUAUGAGAGUGAUGAUGAAACCGUGCAUCUCAACGGAACUAUAACGAUGGGAGAAAAUAUCUCCGAUACUGAAGGACUAGUAGCCACUUGGGAUGCCUACAAAAUAGCUCGUGAAAAAGCUGGAAACAAAACUGUAAAGAUUCCUGGACUGGAGCGAUUUACAGAUGAACAAAUAUUUUUCAUAUCGUUCGGAUAUUCAUGGUGCACGAAUUACGCCCCCGGGUACUUCAAACGAAAUGCCAACAGUGAGGAACACAGUCCAAGUAAACCGAGAGUCAAUGGUGCUGUGGCUAAUAAUGAAGUAUUUGCCACAGCUUUCAAUUGUCCGGCAAAUUCACCUAUGAACCCCAUGAAUAAGUGCAGCAUGUGGAAAUGAAAGAUAGAUUUGAAAUUCUAAAUUCCGAAAACAUAACAUUUUGUAAUUCAAAAUAUACUGAAUAAAAUGUGCAUAAUAAACAAA